AUGUUAGCAAAAGAAGACUCAUGGAUUCCUUUCCAUGUAGUAGCUUGUAAUAGCGAAGAGCAUGGAACUUAGGCCGAUUUACUUUCCGUUCAAUCGCAUUAAAGUUAGAGGAGUUGGGAAAGCUCGAGAACAGGUUAAUUUCCUGUUGAAUUAGUUUUAAGAUUUCAUUAUAGAUCAGAACUUCAUCAUAUCUUAUUAUGCUGCAAGCCAGACAAAGGAAUUCCAGUGGUUGAAUUUUAUAUAGGUGAUGGUUUGAAUGGAGGAUUUUUAGAUGCAGAAUACCGACUUGCUGGAAAAGCAGAGUUUAUAUAAAAUUUACCAAAACAAAUUAAGCUGAUGGGAAUAGGUAAUUAUUUGAAGAUACGUAUUCCUAAACCCAGUGGAAGAAAUCCAUAGAAUCCUUUUGGAUAAGUUAGUUUAUCGAUAUUAAAAAUAUGGGGAAGAUACACGAACUAUAUGUCUAAAAUUAAAAAUGAAGAGUUACAACUAGUUGAUGAUAAAACAAAUAUUGAUAAAAUUUUAAUUGGAAUGGGAAUACCAGUUGAUAUGAUUAAUUGGUUUGAUUAAGAUGCUAGAAUGUAUGAACACGCUCCAAUUGAUGAAAAUACAAGAAUUACGCUUAAUGAUAUGAUCAAAAUAAAGGAUUUGGCAGUUAAAUAAGAAGAUUACGAAGGACUAAAAUCUCUAGCAGAAGAUAUCAAAAUUGUUUUUGAAAUAGGUAAAGAAAUAUGGUCAUUGAAGAGAGAAAUAAACUUCUGUAUUGCCAAAGAAGAUUUUCCAAGAGCGAUGGAGCUUAAAAAGAGAUUAAAAUAAUUAGAAGGAAAAAGAGACGGUUAUGAUGCACUUUACGAAACUUCGAGAUAUGAAAAUAUGAUAGUACUCGAAAGACCAACUACUGCUGAUUAUAAUAAGAUUAUUGGAGCGUUAGAUGAUGAUGAAAGGAGAAGAGCUGAUGAAAGAAGGAGAUAAAGAGAGUUAGAAGAAGCUGAAAGAUAAAGAUUGCUGGACGAGCUAAGAAGAUAGUAGGAACUUUUGUAUUAAUAAAACACUUAAUAAACAGAACCAGAGCCAGAACCUCCUAGAGAACCUACUGUAGAAGAUAAAGGACCAGCUUGGUGGGAAAAGAAUGCAGGCUAGGAUAUGAAACUACUCAAAAAGAAAAAAGUCAAAAAAGAGUAAAAAGAAGAAGUAAUUGAUGUCAAUUUCAAAAACCCAUUAGCAUUCAAUGAAGGUGAUAUAGAUUUGGAGAUGUAUUUAAAGCCUUUAUUAGCGAAUGCAGGAGAGAAAGUACCUGAUGUAUCUAGUGAAAUACUUCGUAGAUUAUAUCACUUAGGUUACCUCUAAGUAUUUGGUUCUAAAUGUUGGUGCGCAAUUUAUUCUGAAAAUUGGAGACACAGAGAAGCAGCAGCUUAGGCUGUAUUGAAUUUCAUUGAAAUGCCUCUUCCUGAAAAAUAUUUAAACGGAAAUUCUAAAAAGCUCUUUGGUGCUUGUAUGGAAAUGGCUAAAAUAGCUUGUGAAGAUAAAAUUCUUCAAAUUUAUUUUAUUGGUUUAAAAAUUUUAUCUACUGCUCUUGCUCCCCCUGUAUGUGGUACAGAUGUUUCACCUAAGAUGAUAAAUUAAGUACUUAAAGAAUUCACUCCUAUGCUCAUAGAAAAAAUAUCAGAAUUAAACUUUAGGUCUAGAGAUAUUUCUUUGCACACACUUUUAUCAAUAUACCGUCAUCCUGUAGCUGAAAUAGGAUAGCUUAUUAAUUCUUGUCUUGAAAUAUGCAUAGAGAAUCCAAAUUUUAGUUCACUUUAUGUUCCUCCUUAAAAGUAACCUCAUAGAAUUAUGAUGGCUAGAUUAGAAAUUAUUUUAAAUGUUUUGCAGGAAUCUGGAUACGAUGAAAGACAGUGGAAUUGGUUGGAUGUUUUUAAUUUUAUGCUAUCUCCAUGCUUAUUCCAUCCUUCUAAUGAAAUAAGAAUGGUAGCUAUUGAAAUUAUUGUUGCUCUUUAUCAAUUAAUCGGUUAGGAAGUGAGAGAUGCUGUUGAUUUAAUUCAAAACCUAAAACCUAAUUUAGUUUAAAUGAUAUAUGAGCGUCUUGAUUCAGUAAAAGAAAUAGCCGAUUAAAAUCAAGCAAAGAGAGAAAAUAUUCUUUCUCUUGUUAAAGAAAUGGAUCCAAGAUUGGAAUAGACUCCUUAAGGAUCCUACCGCCCAGGAUCAGAUGGCUUUAAUGAAUUUGUUAAUAUACAAUAAUAGUAAUAAAAUUAAUUGUAAACCAGUUAAUUUGGAAAUAAUUAAAAUUAAUAAAACUAAUCCAAUGUUCAAUAAAAACCACCUGUGGAAUAAAAGCCUUAAUACCCAAGUGUUGCUCUUUUUGUUGAUGGAAUAAAUAACAUUUAAGAAAACAAGUAUGCUCAUACUGUAUUUGUUACUUAAAUGCCAGGAGGAAACUUUUAUGCAACUAAGAAAUUAGAUUAAUUUAAUAAAGUUUAUAGCAAUUUAAAUUGGGAUGGAUACUUAAAUUCGCCACAUUUCAUACCUGAACAUUUUAUAGCAAAAGACAAUCUGACUUAAAAGUCGUAUUUUAUAUUGGAAGUAAAGCAAAUAAAUACAAGCAAACCAUAAGCUGUCUUCAAAACAAUUGGAUGGACUGCUAUACCAAUGUAUGAAGGUGAUAAAAAAGUUGUUAGUGGUUCCUUUUAAGUACCUUUAUUUUAAGGUGAAGUUAAUACAUAAGUUUUGUAAGAAAUGGUAAACAGAGCCCCAUGGGAUGUGUUUGCUGAAAAAAUAAGUGAUAAAAAAAAUCCUCUCAAAUACUAGGAAUUUGUUUCUAUUUUGCUUAGAAUUGACUCUUCAGAGAAUUUAGCUGUUAUGGGAAAUUAAUAUUCCUUGGAAAAACUUGACUAAAGAUAUCUCCCUCCAAACAAAUUUAAAAAAUGGGUUUUAGAUGCAGAGUUGGAUGGUAAACUUUAAAAAGAAAAGAAAAAGUUAAAUUCUAUUGUUCCUUCCAAAUAAGAUCCCUUACAAUAUAAUUAGUUAAUAAACGAAUAAAUAAAUGCAGCUUUCAAAUGA